AUGUACAGCCACCUCAGGCCAGCAGCGCGCAAAUUCACGACCCAACUUUUUCACACUUCCACCAGCACCAACCUCAAGAGGGUAGCAGUACCAGUACCUUUAACUGUCACUCCCAUCGCCAGCCACAAAAGGCUCAUUCACACUUCCAGAGCUCGUAGCGAAAUGGAUACUACAUCCAACGCUACCACCAAAGCGGACCCCGCACCGGCCGCAUCAAGCACGUCACCCGUCCCCGGUAGCACCUCACCCAUGAACACCGUCACUGAUGCCCCCGAAUCCACCACUGCUCCCACAGUAGAGGUAGAGGAAGAAGCCACCUCCACAGACCCAACCCUCUCCCGCCCAACUCAAUACGCACCCGAAAUCACAGACGACUCAGACCCCCUCGCCGACCCCCUCUCCGUAGAAUCCCAAAAACUCCAAAACAACAACAACCCCCUCCCGCUCCCCUCCCCCGAGACCGCCACCCAUGUUCCCCCAGAGGAACAACCCAAGGUGGUAACAGUCAACGGCCAAGCCGUCGCCCUGGACAAUUUGGGGCCAAUGGUGGUGCACAAAGACGGGACGAUUUCGCGGAUUGCGAAUUGGCAUGAGAUGACCGACAUUGAACAGGAGAGUACCCUCAGGAUAUUGGGGAAGAGGAAUCAAUUGCGACUGACGAAUUUGAGGGAGGGGAGGGUGAAUGGGGAGGGGAUGUAGAAGAUUGUUCUAUGUAUGUUAUGUGCAAGGGGAUAUCGGGAAGGGUACAGGGUAAAAUGAUAGGAAGGAAGGAAAGGGGAGGUGAGGUGAGGGUUUAAGGAAGAAUGAAUGCCGAUGAGACAAAAACAAAGAGUAAUGGGUUAGGGGAGUUAAACCCCGGAAAACUUCAAGGCCUGGUUGUUUGUUUCUUGUACUAUACUUUUGUAUUUCUCUUGUAUUUGUAUGUAAAUAGUCCAGAUUCCCAAUAUCAACAUGGUAUCACGCAAUUCAAAGCUAGAG